AAAACUUAAACUCACUACUAUUUCUUGAGCCUUACAACUCCACAAACCAAUGGCUCCAAGAACUUCCCUUGCACUCUUCCUUUCUCUUAACCUUCUCUUUGUCACUUACACCUCUGCGGCUUGUCCUAAAGAUUCCCUACAGCUUGGUGUUUGUGCCAAUGUUCUCAAGCUAGUGGACCUAACAUUGGGAAACCCACCUGUAAAGCCAUGCUGCUCUCUCAUCCAAGGUUUGGUUGACCUUGAGGCUGCAGCCUGCCUAUGCACUUUGCUCAAGGUUAACAUUCUUGGAAUCAACGUUAACCUUCCCAUCGAUCUCAGCGUACUCCUCAAUAUUUGCGGUAGAAAAGCCCCAACGAACUUCCAGUGCGCGUAAGUUGAAUACUUAUAACAUACAGUUUAUGAAUCUGGAACCUAUUGUCUUAUCUUCUUGUUUUAUUUUAAGGUUUUUUUUUUUGUAUUUUACUUGGAUUAUUGUUUAUAAGGAACCUACGUUCUCAUGCAAUAAUGGAUUAUGUGUAAUCGGCAACUUUGUACUCUUAUUUUAUUUUCGCCAGCAAGUAUGUACUCCUUUGCUUUAUUGUUCCUCCAUCUUUUUGUAACUGUGCCGUUAAAAUUUGAUAAAUAAUUCACUUA